AUGGCGUCCAACGAGAGUAGCAAUUUUCAGAAAGUUUUGGAGUUUAAAAUUUAUAAAUGCUCCAGUUUUUCUUCAUCUUAUGUGCCAGAAAAUAUCCUUGUAGAUAAACCAUCGGAUCAGACGUCGCGGUGGUCUUCUGAUAUUGACACUUAUCCACAGUUUCUUAUAUUAAAAUUACGAUUUUCCUCAAUUGUAAAAACAAUUACAUUUGGUAAAUAUGAGAAAACACAUGUAUGUAACAUAAAGAAGUUCAAGGUGUAUGGUGGUUUAGAGCCAGAAAAUAUGAUGGAACUUUUAGAAAAUGGAUUAAAAAAUGACUCAGUACCAGAAACUUUUGAUUUAAAACAUGUAUUAGGAAAUGAAGAAAAUUAUUUUCCUGUUAGAUACAUAAAGAUUGUUCCAUUACAAUCCUGGGGACCUAGCUUUAAUUUCUCUAUUUGGCAUAUACGAUUAACUGGCACUAAUGAUGCUAAAAUUGUAAAUCCUAGUAUCGAAUGGCUGAAUGUGUAUCGUCAGAAAGAAGUAAUAAGACUGUGUAUGAAACACUUCAGAAAACUCGAGCAACCCGAAAUUGUUGAAACAUUGCAAAGAGUUACCGGUGUUCCACUUGAAGAUCCUCGAUUGACUGGAUUAUAUGACUUACUAGUAACAAAGGGUGAUCAUUUGCAGGCUGAAUGCUUUAUAAGUAAUGCUGUAAUGAUGGGUCUUUUAAAUGACUAUAUCAAUGCUCAGACUUAUAGAGCAGUUUGGACUAAGUUAUCAUUCAAUGAUGGUAAGCCAGGAAUGAGAGGAGGUCACCAAAUGGUGCUCGAUUCAGCUGCAGAAGUUCUUUAUCUUUUUGGGGGGUGGGAUGGAAAUCAAGAUCUUUCAGAUUUAUGGGUAUAUAAUAUUGCUUCUAACAAGUGGACCAUUAUAUGCAAAGAUACAGAAGCUGUGGGUGGUCCAAGUGCAAGAUCUUGUCAUAAGAUGUGCCUUGAUCCAGAACGCAGGCAACUGUUUACUUUUGGUAAAUACUUGGACGCAGAAUACAGAACGCCGGAAAAUUUAAAGAGUGAUUUUUUUGUAUAUGAUAUUGAAUCAAAUAAGUGGACACAAAUAUCAGAAAAUACAGGGGCCGUAGGAGGGCCUCAAUUAAUUUUUGAUCAUCAAAUGUCUAUGGACGUUGAGAAACGAACAAUUUACAUAUUUGGUGGUCGUGUUCUUGUUUCUCCAACAAAUUCCGAAGAACAUGGUAUGGUAUCAAGUUCAACUGAGCAAAUUUUCUCUGGUCUGUAUUCUUAUCAUGUACCAACUGGUACUUGGAAUAGACUUGCCUGUGACAUUGCGCGUCCAUGUCCUACUAAUGCACCAAUUAUUCGAUCCAGAGCUGGACAUGCUAUGUUGUUUCAUCCUGGAUUACGAAAGUUAUACAUUUUCGCUGGUCAGAGAGGUAAAGAGGAUCUUUGCGAUUUUUUCACAUAUGAGGUCGAUACAAAUCAUAUUGAACACAUCUUUAAUGAUUUUGGUUCUAAAGAUUCGAAUCACGUUCCGGUAGCUGGUUUUACGCAAAGAGCCACAAUCGACCCUGAACUGGGAGAGAUAUAUGUUUUAUCGGGUUUAAGUAAAGACAAAGGUAAAAGAUACGAUAGUGUUCAAAAUUCCUUUUGGGUGUACAGUAUUAAAAAUAAUAAAUGGUUUUGCAUUUAUCGAAAUCAUAAUGUUGGAGAGAAAUAUUGGAGUAAAAUGCAAGAUUAUGAACCAUGUCCACGAUAUGCGCAUCAAUUGGUUUAUGAUCACGUAAAAAAGGUUCACUUUUUAUUUGGAGGAAACUCUGGUAGAUCCUGUCUUCCAAACUUACGACUCGAUGAUUUCUGGCAAUUAAAAUUAUGCAGACCGUCUCACGAACAAAUUCUUAAAAGAUGCAAACUACUUAUUAGAAAGCACAAAUUCAAAGAGCUAGCACUGAACAAUAGCGUCGAAGCACUUGAGUAUUUACAGACCAAAGUAUCGGAAAUUAUCGAUCAUAAUGAUGUGGAACAAACGAAAGAGUUUCAAUUGUUAACAUCCCUUCUAUUCAGAGAACAAAACUCCUUGUUAGGAGAAGCCACAAAUUCAAAUAGUUCAGACGCCGUAUUAGGAAAUUUAGUUAACAUGGAUACUUCGUCGUUCUGUUGUUCGACCACACGCGAUAUCCAUACUUUGAGAACUGAGUUAUACGAUAAAUUGACAGAAUUUUUUCCCGAGUCAUCGACACAGCCCCGUGCUAAUUUAAUUGAUCUUUUACCAUUGUGAUCAAACAAUAAUUAAAAUUUAACUAAGGAUACUCCAAAACGUAAAGCAAAGAGAUUCCUUUCGUUUUCUUAUAAAGACAUUUACUAUGA